AUGGGCUCAGGCAUAGGAACAACUGUGUGCGCGGCGCCCGUGGUGUCACGCUCCGACACUCUCCCCCAGCUGCCCGCUCCUCAAAACCUGAAGAUUCACCUGUACAACGCGGAGCAGGUUCUGAGUUGGGAGCCGGUGACCCUGAGCAACGACUCCAGCAGUGACUCGGUGGCCUACCGGGUGCAGUAUAAAUACUCCAACAGCGAGUGGGACGACCUGACCCAGGUGGACUGUACCAGGAUCCCAGCUUGCAACUUCACGGCGGCCAGCCACUGGCAGGGCUUUCCCAGGCACUUCAACGUCUCCCUGCGUGUCCGAGCCGAGCUGGGAGAGCUGGUUUCCGCCUGGGCGGCGGUACCGUGGUUUGAACACUACCGCAAUGUGACCAUCGGGCCUCCAGAAAACAUUAGGGUGUCAACAGAGGAAGAUUCACUUAUCAUCGGGAUUUCCACUCCCUUUGACAUCGACACCUCCAUGGUGGCUUUCCAGUAUUACGUCUAUUACUGGGAAGAGGCCGGAACCCAACAGGUGAAAGGUCCCAUCAAGAACAAUUUCAUUUUGCUGGAUGGCUUAAAACCCUUAAGUGUAUACUGUUUUCAAGUCAAGGCAGAACUGGUGUGGCCAUUAAAAAGUAUCUUUCAACCGGGGCGUUUAAGCAACCCAUCUUGCUACAAGACAUCAGCAAAUGCUGCCACUCAGCUCCAACAAGCCAUCCUGAUCUUUGUGGGAAUCUUCCUGUCGGUGACGCUGCUAAUAACGGUCUGCUUCUUCUUGGCCCUGAAGUACAGAGGCGUGAUUAAGUAUUGGGUUCACUCUCCACCCAAGAUCCCAUUACAGAUAGAAGAGUUUUUAAAUGACCCAGCUCAUCCUGUGUUGGAGGCCCUGGAUAAGGAGAGUUCGCCAAAGGAGGACGCCUGGGUCUCUGUGUCCAUCCUGUCGCUCCCAGGAAAGGAACCAGAAGAUGCUCUCUAAUGCACUUCCAACCACCGUGCUGGCCCGACUCGGGCCGGCCCAGCUCAGCCGGCCCCUGAAAGAGGUGCUGGGCCAGGGCCACUGCUGACAUUCUCAGCUGGGCUUUACAGAGAACGGAGCUCCAUCCUCCUGCCCCCACAGAGCCCACGCCAGCCCCUGAAGGGAGUGACUCUUCAGGCAGAGAUUGACUGCUUUUUCCCCUAAGAGUUUUUAAAUGAUACCAGUGCCUACAAAGAUAUCCCAGGGGCAAAAAAUACGGUUGUUGUUUUUUCUUAAACACUAAAAGGGCAUGUGAUUCCUUUUUAGCAAGAUACUGUGGUACAUCUCGCCUGCUUGGAUUUUUUGAGCGUUGGCUGAGAGGAAGGCUGGAAAGGAGAGAACGGUUGGCUGGGCGGGUUCUAGAUGCUGCGUUCUGUCCUGGGCGCUGCCCCGGAGCCAGGAACCUGGGGCGAGUCUCCGAGCCUCUGCAGCCAAUUCCAGCCUCGGAUCCAGGCUGCCCUUCCCUUCCAGUCUGCUGGCUUGAAGAAAAAAUGGUUUCUUCUGUACAUAUCUUCCUAGUAAUUUAAAUUUUGCUUUGUUUUUUAAAGCUAGAAAUAAAAUAUUGUACAGUUAAGUUUU